GUUUCUGUAAAUCUUUGUGUUUCGAUCGGAAUCAAAUCUUCACAGCCGAAGAAGAUGGCCUCCCGUGACAAGAAACCCGUAAAACCCUCGUCCAGCCGUGGCAACAUCCGGACUCUCUCCGAUCUCAACCGGCCUUCCGGUCACGACUCCGACAGCGAUUCUGAUAGCCCUCAAGAGUACUAUACUGGCGGCGAGAAGAGUGGCAUGCUUGUCCAAGAUCCCUCAAAGGGAAAUGAUGUGGAUGCAAUUUUUGAUCAAGCUAGGCAGUUGGGUGCUGUAGAGGGGCCCAUGGAUAACCUUCGUCCAUCUUCAAGCUCAAGAAGUUUUACUGGAACUGGAAGAUUACUCACAGGGGAAACUGUGCCAUCUGCUCCUCAGCAGCCUGAGGCUGUUAUUCACAACAUUGUAUUCUGGAGAAAUGGUUUUACUGUAAACGAUGGGCCUUUGAGGAGUUUGAAUGAUCCUGGAAAUGCUGCUUUCCUGGAGAGCAUUAGAAAGUCAGAGUGCCCAAAAGAGCUUGAGCCUGCAGAUAGGAGGUCCUCAGUUCAUGUUAAUCUUAUAAGGAGGGAUGAGAACUUUCCGGAACCUGAGACGCGUAAUACCGCGUUCCAGGGUGUGGGAAGAACCCUCGGUGGCAGCACUCCGGCAGCUGCUGAACCAGUUGCCGAUGCUCUUUUCAAUACUACUGCAACCCCUUCCGAGGGACUAGUUGUCGAUCAAAAUUUGCCAUCAACAUCGAUUCAACUUAGGUUGGGUGAUGGGACUCGCAUGAUUGCGCACUUCAACUACCACCACACAGUAGCUGAUAUCCGGGGCUUCAUUGAUGCAUCUAGGCCUGGAGGCAACAGAACCUACCAGCUGCAGACAGUUGGGUUCCCUCCCAAACCUCUCACUGAUCCAUCCCAAACAAUAGAGCAGGCUGGUCUCGCUAAUUCAGUAGUUGUCCAGAAGUUUUAAGUCACUUGCGUGGAAACCGAUCGUUUUCAUCUAGUUAGUGUUCGAGUUGAAUAUGUUCCAUCACUUCCAAGGGUUGCUACAUGGGUUUCGGAUCACAUCUGAACUUUUAAGAGCUUGCAGGUUAAAUUAAAUUCUGUGUCUUUGGUUAGCUACUUUUAAUUUGGGAAGGAAGUCCAGAAAUGUCUAUAAUUUUAAACAGCAAGGAUAUCUUGUGAACAUAUGCUCUGCUUAUAUUAUCGAAUCAUUUGAACCUUUUUCCUA